AUGAGGAGUUUUUAGGUGUUCCAAAAAACGAGAUCUUUUCAUGGACUAAUUUGAAAAUGAGUGGUAUUAAAAAUAUUGAUAUUGUUACAUUUUCUAUGCAGCGGGUGGAUUAGGUGUGGUACCUAUAUAAAUAGACCACAUUUACCUACCUCUUUACUCAGUUCAAAUCCAGCAAAAUAGCAACAUGUUCGUAAAACUGACAGUGUUAGCUUGCUCUAUAGCAGUGGUCGUCGGCGUGUGGAAUGGUCCUCUUGCUGGAGGAGUACCUGCGCACCAGUUCCCCGCAGGCAUCAGCCCCCAAGCGUGUCCCAACUUCCCCCACUGCAGCAACCCCUCUGUAGCCGCCAACCCCAACGCCCCCGCCCCCUACAACUCCAACCCCGUUCCACAGUACAACGGGUACAACCCUGGACAACAAUACGGCGGAUACAAUCCCGCACCUGUUACACAGUACAACCCAUCUCGUCAAGCCGCUUUGGACAGAGGUGAGUACGUUGGAGACGGGGAUUACCACGGAGAAGGACUAGCCGAAGCUCUGGCUCCUGGAUAUGCUGGACAAUACGGUGGCUACAACAAUCCUGCUCCUGCUUACAAUCCUGGGCUUCCUGCUGGAGUGCCGGCCCAGAUUCCGGCUGGUGUUGACGCCAGGUCUUGCCCUAAUUAUCCCUUCUGUCACUAGAGCAAGUUGGGCAGUCAGUUGAUAACAUGUUAGCUUUUAAGGUUUAAUUUUUUAUUUGAUGCUCUGUUCUAAAGUUUCCUGUAAAAUAGGGUAUUUUAAUACGCAAUUAACGAAGACUUGUGUACGACAACUACAAUCAGAUGCUGUAAAUUAUAUAUUUGUGUACUGUAUAAAGAAGAUAUAAAUAAAUAUUUCCAUAAUUUUUA